AUGGGUACGCCUGCGGGAGGCAGCAACAGCAGCAGCAGCAGCAGCAACAAGGGACCCUCGAGCAGCAGCAGCAGCGGAAACAGCAGCAACAAAGAAGGCAGCAGCAAAGCCGUGUUCAGCCGCAACAACAAAAACAAACGCAGGGCUAGAGGGGGCAGCAACUGCAGCGGCAGCAGCAGCAGCAGCAGCAACAACAGCAGCAAGAGCAACGCUGUUCAAGACAGCACCACAGAUGCUGUUGUGAGUGAUGCGGCGCCCGAUGUUGCUGCUGCUGCUGUAGAGGCAGAGCCUGCAGCACCACAAGCAGCAGCAGCAGAUGCUGCUGUAGCUGCACCAGCAACAGUUGCUGCUGUAACAGCAGCAGGAGAAGAUGCUGCCGCAGCACCUGUAGAAGCAGCAGCAGAUGCCGUAGAAACAGCAGCAGCAGAUGCUGCUGUAGGAGCAGCAGCAGAUGCUGCUGUAGGAGCAGCAGCAGAUGCCGCUGUAGGAGCAGCAGCAGAUGCUGCUGUAGGAGCAGAUGCUGCUGGAGCAGCUACAGCAGCAGAUGCUGCUGUAGCCACAGCAGCAGCAGAUGCUGCUGUAGCCACAGCAGCAGCAGAUGCUGCUUUAGCAGCAGAUGCUGCUCUAGCAACAGCAGAUGCUUCUGAAGCAGCACCACUAGCAGAUACUGCAGCAGCAGCAGCACCAGCAGCAGGAACAGCAGCUGCACCACCGACAGCAGCAAGCACAGCAGCAGAAGCAGCAGCCCCACCAACAGCACCAAGCACAGCAGCAGAAGCAGGAACAGCAACAGCAGCAGCAGCAACAGCAGCAGCAGCAGCAGAUGGUACAGAGGCUGCAGCAAAGGACGGAGCUGCCGGCGGGUCUGUGCUGUCUUUUCUAUCCCGUAGCAACAGCAGCAGCAGCAACAACAGCAGCAGCAGCAGGAGCAGCAGCAGACCGAAGCAGCAGCAGCAAGAGCAGCAGCCGCUGCUGUCGUCUGCUAGCCGCAUGCUGCUGAGUAUGGGGCGCCGCCUUGGCAGCGGCAGCAUUGCUGCAGCGGAGAGUGCAGCAGCAGCAGCAGCAGCUGCUGCUGCUG